AAAGGCAGUGGACACGGCAACACUGCCGUGGCAAUGUCACCGACUUUCCCGCUCCUUGUGCAGGCUCUGGCUGGGUGCUUUUGGAUCAGCGCUGCUGCAACUUUCACGGUGGAUGGACGCUGCCAGCUUGCCUCGCCUUUGACCUUGCUGGAUUGCAUCUUAGGCGCACCCUUCGGUGAUCCCGUCACAUCGCGGCUGCCACACGUGGACUAUGGCUACAGCGCAUCAUCGACACGCACCGUGACGUCACCUGACUAUCUCGGACCUGCUGCCUUUCUGGCUUUAAAAGGGACGCCCAUUUCAGCAAACACCAGUGGACACGGCAACACUGCCGUGGCAAUGUCACCGACUUUCCCGCUCCUUGUGCAGGUUGGUGAUCGAAAAUAUGGCUUUCGCAGUGAUUUUCUAUGCUUAGUCGUGUUGCCGUGUCCACAUACUCUCUUAUGCUGUGUAUCUGAGUGUUUUUCCGUUGCUCGUUUGCUAAUGGCCCGCUCGGGAGAUGUUGAGGAAAAUCCCGGUCCUAUCACUGAAGAAAUGUUUAACGAGAUGAUUAAGACACAGAGGGCGGUCUUGGAAAAGGUAACUGAUAUUGAAAAAAAUCAAGCAUCUUUCGAGGCUCGUGUGGAGGGCAGGCUUUUGAAAAUAGAGGAAAGAUUAGAGAUCUUGGGCGAAGCCCCAACCAGGCUUGCUAACCUUGAGAAUAAUGCUCUCGUCAAACGAAUUGACGACCUUGAAAAUCGCUCGCGGAGAAAUAACCUCAUUAUCAGAGGGAUAAGGGAAGAUGUGAAUGAAACUGAAGAGGCAUUACGUAAGAAGGUCAAUGUUGAUGUUUUUCAUACAGUCUUAAAGCUAAAAAUUGAUUCAGUCGAACGGAUUCAUCGCUUAGGAAAGCGACAGAAUGGUAAAGAUCGGGCAAUCAUUUUGAGACUCUCAGAUUUCCGUGAUAAAACCAAAAUCCUGCGAAACUGCUUUAUGCUCCGGGGCAAGGACAUCAGCAUUAACGAAGACUUUUCUAAACGAAUUGCCGAGAUCCGCAAACAGCUAUGGAACUCUAGUUCUGAGGAGAGGAAAAGGGGGAUCAAGGUGAAACUUAUGUUUGACAAGAUGAAAAUAAAUGAUGUGGUGUAUGGCUGGAAUGAGGAUACCAAUUUGAGGUACAUAUGUAAGGCACCCUCCGAAAGAGAUGACAAGCACGGUAACAACGAUUGA